ACCAUUAGAGAUUCAAGUCAUUAGAAAGAAAGAAAAUGCAAACUAGAAGAGGGGAAUGAUGGAAUCAAACUUCUUCUCCUUGAUUUCACCUUCUCCUUGCUCCUUGGGUUGAUUGGAUCUACAAUGAAGCUCUCCCGAGGUGUUUCCCUCUCUAAAACACUCAAAAACUCUAAAUUUCUCUCUCUAAGACGGCUCUCCUUUGAAAGAUGCAGCAAAGGGAGUAUUUAUAGGCAACUGGUGUUGGUCAUGGCCUCGAGGGCAUGACGGGAUGGUCACGACCGUGGCCUGGCAGUGACCAGCUGGAACGUCCCCGUAUCGCCCGAAACGACGCGUUUUGACUCCGUCUUUAAGAUCCAAGAUCGAGGCCUCCUUCAUAAAUUUGCGACCGCGAUCUUUGUUGCAGUGAAAAUACGUCAUGCCCGCGAUUCAACAGGGGAUACUUUUUGUCUUCCUUUCGAUCACCAUCUGCAGUUCACGAUCACUAUUAAUGGCCGCGAUCUUCAGGACGCGAACUUGGUCACAGCCGUGAUGUGUGGCCGUGACCAGUGCCUUUUCUUUCCUUCUUGCUCCUAUGCUUCCCGAUCAUGCUUGGAUGAACUCCAAUUGAUUCAUGAUCAAUCCCAAACUAAUAUAAGACCUGGAAUUUCAUCACAAACACUUGGAAAAGCAUAAAAUACCAAAAAUUGGGGUCGGUUUGCCUAUGAAAACCUUCAUAUCAUGAAUACCUAGUCCAAAAUGCAUGUUUUGCAAAUAGGAACGAAGAUGGACAUAAACAACUUGAUAUGUUGCCUAGACAUGGUGAAUUAGUGACUCACUUCUACUGUCACUCCAGGAAUUGGCCAAGUGGAACCACUCCCUAAAGCGUAGUAUAGCGGGUUUAGGUUUAAUUAUCAACCCGGGUCCUAGAUUUGAUGACUACUCAGUGAAUUCUUGUUAUCUAGCAAUGAAACUUUAAUGCAGGUUUAAACUAACAAACUAACAAAGCAACUAAACGGUUGUAUUCAGGUUAAGAGAGGUCACCCGGAUAUGGUUCCCCCUAGACUGCAGUUAAGCCGGAUUGUAAUUACCAAGUUCAGUUUCUAUGAUAGUUAUACUGCGGAAGGUUCUUAAACAGCCUUAAGUCUCGACUAAAGGUCUUCAGACCCUCUCAAUCUGAGCCUCUAGCGGGCGACUAACCUCCACCGGAGUAAACAGAUUGAGAGCUUAACAAACAAAACCUCCACUACCGGAGUAAAUCCGGUACAGAAUAGUGAGUUGGCUCCUCGACUAAAGUCACCAACUCCCUAUCUUCAAUCAAGGAUGCUCUAUCAACCUAGGCAGAUAUUCUCAUUCUAGGUCAAAGCAUAAACAACAGGAAUUUGAUCAGGAUUCAAGUCAUUCAAUCAUUCAAACCUCAAUCGAAUAUAAUCAAAUCAUAGAAUCAGUACUUGGGUUCAUACAAUCAAAGCCUAACAUACAAAUCUAGGGUUCUCCAUACCCAGAUGAAUGGGAGAACUAGUCCAUGGAGAAAGAAGCAAAAGCAGAAUCAGACGCGAAAUUCAUACUGUGAAGGAUGGAUUCCUGCUUCUGGACGUUGAUCGACACUUCUCCAAGCUCAAACUGGCCUCCAAUGGUGUUGAAGAUCAAUCUAGGGCACUUGGAGACUCUUGUUCGUCGCUUUCUCUCUCUAGGAAUCGUUCUCCCUCUCAAAAACUCGAAUCCCCUUCUGUUUGGCUGAAAAUCUGCUUAAAAAGGCAUCAGUGGCCAAAGCACGGUCGAGGGCACGGCCGUGCUUUGCCUCAGACCGCCCGUGCUUGGCUAGGGUUAAUUACAUGGCCAUUGUGUUGGUGCAAACACGGCCGUGCUUUGGGAGAACACGCCCGUGCUUUGGUAGAACAUGCCCGUGCUUUGGUAGAACACGCCCGUGCUUUGGGAGGACACGGCCGUGCUUUGGUGAAGCACGCCCGUGUUCUAUCUCAGCCCUGCCCGUGUUUUGGCCAAUGUGGUCCAAACUCGAAUUAGCUCUCGGUAGUAAAAGCACGGUCCAGCUCACCGAAAUGACUUCCGAAUGCCCCGAAACUCGUGCUUAGCCUUCCCUUUUACACCUGGGACCUGAAACAUGACAAAAUAGCACAACCCGCAAUAAAAUAGGCCAAAAACACACGACUAUGCCCCUCAAACGGAUAAGAACUAGGGGCGCAAAUUCGUGCAAUUACAUCGUUAUCAAAUUCCCCCACACUUAACCAUUUGCUUGUCCCCAAGCAAACCUAGCUCAAACCAAUGCAACUCUCCAGACCUCUAUAGCAACAAACAACCCAGAUCGUAGGUAGAGGAUUUCCUAGAUCAUUUAGCAGCUUACGAGGUCAACCGAAGCACAAGUCAUCUCAUAGCUUCUUCGGCGAGAGCACUAGUAUCGAGUCGGCAUCAUGGCAAAUAGUGAAUAGAGGACAAAUGAAUCG